AUGAAUAUGAACAAGCUGCAAGUUUUCAACAGGUUUUCAGACGGGGAGCCAUUACCACAAGAAGAAAGCAACUCAGAAGAUGAUGUGAUUGCUGUUGAUGAGGAGGCAAAAAUCCUACAAGAGGAAAGAAUCAUGGAAGGGGAAGUGUUUUUCGAUGAUAAAUUUGCUCCUCGUGCAAAGCUUCCAAAGCCAAAGCCGAAACAGAAGAAUAAAUUCAGACCAGGGGAGUGGCAGACUGUCCAAAUAAGUAAAAAAGAAAGGAGGAAGAGGAUCAAGAAAGGGUUUCAGUACACAACCAUGAAAAAGAAUAAUGCAGAAGAAGUUGAGGACCUACGCUUUUUAAGUCUUAAACAACGCUGGCAAAUGUAUCAUUACUGGGUUGAAGAACAUCUGAGAGUACAGAAGCGGCAGUUAGAAGGUCCUGCUAUAAUCUACAAUAGAAUAUGCCAUGACUACUCCCAAAUAAAAAAUGAAAUAGAUUGUUAUGCAACCAGAGGGGCUGACAUUAUUGGAAUGACCACUACUGGAGCAGCGAAAUACCACCACAUUCUAACAAAUAUUCACCCAAAAAUUGUGGUGAUUGAAGAAGCUGCUGAAGUCUUUGAGUCUCACGUCAUAACCUCUUUACCUCCCUCUGUGCAGCAACUCAUCCUCAUUGGAGACCACAAACAGCUUCGACCCAAACCAAACCACUAUGAACUAGUUAAAAAGAAGUAUAAUCUUGACGUCUCCCUUUUUGAGAGGCUCAUAAAGAAUGGUAUUCCUCAUGUUAUCCUAACAGUCCAGCACAGAAUGAGGCCAGACAUUGCCUCACUAAUACAUCCAGCUAUCUACCCUGAGCUACAAAAUGGACCACGAGCAAUUGAACAUGGGCAACACAAAAUAGCUGGAGUUGGGCACAGCCUUUUCUUUCUUCACCAUGAAUUCUAUGAGGACCCAAGCGAGUCACUCAGUCAUGUAAAUAUUCAUGAAGCCGAGUUUAUGGUUGCUUUGUGUCGCUACCUCAUCAAGCAAGAAUACGAACCAAGCCAAAUCACACUCCUCACUAUGUACAGAGGCCAACUUCUGCAAAUGAAGAAAAGAAUGAAGAUAAGCGAGUUCAAAGGUGUUCGUGUUGCUGCCGUGGAUGACUUUCAAGGAACCCUUCAACAUUGCCGUGCUCUGCUCAAUGUCUCAAGCUUCUUCCUUGUGGCCACUUUUGCCAGAAUAUUUGCUCACAGCCAUGCAAUACUGACUGCUCUGUCCCGCCGAAUGCCCACCAUGCACAAAUGCUCCAACUACUGUCCUCACAGCAAGUGCCCAAGGAACUGCUACGAGCCUUGUGAUCCCUGUGCAGAGCCUUGUCAGUGGAACUGCGACCAUCUUAAAUGCACUAAGAAGUGUGGAGAACUGUGCAAUCGUCCACGAUGUAACAUGCCAUGUCUGAAAAGACUCAAAUGUGGCCAUCCAUGUAUUGGUCUUUGUGGUGACAAGUGCCCCAAACUGUGCCGUGUGUGUGACAAUGAUAAGGUCACAGAGAUAUUUUUUGGAAAGGAAGAUGAACCAGAUGCCAGAUUCGUUCAGUUGCAAGACUGCAAGCAUGUCUUUGAACAUACCGGCCUUGACAAGUGGAUGGACAGGGAAGAAUCUGAGGAAAUACAGUUCAAAAAGUGUCCUCGCUGCAGCACUCUCAUUCGAACAAGUUUGCGCUAUUACAAUGAAGUAAAGAAAGUUCACAAUCACUUUGAGGAAAUCAAGAAAGAGCAGCUUCAAAUGUCAAAUAUUGGCCAAGUUCUAAUGCCCAAAUUUAGGGAGCUAAAAUCAAAGGGAGGGCAAUGUGUGGAAGUUAUAGUUGAUGUUAAGAAAAUCGAGUCCCUAUUAAGUCCAGACACACGGCCUCGGUACAUUUUGCCCCACUGCCUGAAUGCCAUUCAGAACCAGCUGGCAAUACUACCAACUAUUGUCACUAUGUACAAUGAGUUGACUCAAGUAAAGCAAAAGAGCUGGCAGUUCAGAGAUGGCAAGAUAAACAGUGAAGCAGUUCACCAACAAAUACAAUGUGUGCAAAGGUUUUUAAGGCAAGACUCUCUGACAGACCAACAGCUCAGUGAUAUCCAAUGUGAAAUCAGGCGACUCAACUGCAUGAUUCGUCUUUUGAAGCUCCACUCGCUUAUUAAAGAGAAACAAAUUACCAUCACACCUGAAGAAAAAGAGUGUUCCGAUAAGUAUGCAAGUUAUGUCUACCACAGUGGAGCAAGACACAAUAUUCCCAAAGUCUCUAAAGAAUUUGUGGAUAGAUUUUCGAAACUAAUAACAUUCUUUGAAACAAAAUACAAGUUGGACGGGGUAACGGAAGAGGAGCGUGUGGAGAUUGUCAAAGCUAUGGGUCUACAAAAGGGCCAUUGGUUCAAAUGUCCAAAUGGACACUACUACUGCAUCACAGAGUGUGGUGGAGCAAUGGAAGAAGCCAAGUGCCCUAAUUGUGAUGCCAGGAUUGGUGGAGCAAACCAUACACUUCGGGGAGAUAAUCGUCUGGCACCGGAAAUUGAUGGUGCACGAUAUGCAGCCUGGUCGGACCAAGCCAACAUGGCUAACUACCAGUUUUGA